AUGGGAACUGUUUCUGCUAGACACCCAUUUGGAAUCCAUUUCCAUUCCCAUUCCCCAAUUCGCCGAUUCGAUUCCUCAAUCUUCCAAUUUCCCUCUCACGUACAACUUUCCAGAAUCACCUUGUAUUCUUCUUCCCAGGGAUUAGUUCACCGAGUAUGUGCACGGCCUGAUAUUGAUGAUUUCUACUGGGAGAAAGAUCCAACGCCCAUUCUUGACACAAUUGACAGCCCUCUUUGCUUGAAGAACUUAUCCCUUCGGGAGUUGAAACAACUCGCUGCUGAAAUCCGUUUAGAUUUGUAUUCUGUUUUGUCAGGUACACAAAUAUCCCCAAACCCAAGUAUGGCUGCAACGGAGCUGACAGUUGCAAUGCAUCAUGUUUUCCAUGCUCCAGUAGACAAGAUAUUGUGGGAUGUCGGUGAUCAAACAUAUGCACAUAAGAUGCUUACUGGAAGGAGAUUUCUCUUGAGGACAAUCAGACAAAAGAAUGGACUUUCUGGUUUUACUUCUCGAUUUGAGAGUGAAUAUGAUUCAUUUGGUGCAGGUCAUGGAUGCAACAGUAUAUCUGCUGGACUUGGCAUGGCGGUUGCACGGGAUAUUAAAGGGAGACGAGAACGUAUAGUUGCAGUUAUCAGCAAUUGGACAACUAUGUCUGGUCAGGUGUAUGAGGCAAUGGGAAAUGCGGGAUAUUUGGAUUCAAAUAUGGUGGUAAUUUUGAACGAUAGCCGCCACUCUUUACUCCCCAAAAUUUACGAGGGCUCCAAAACCUCUGUCAAUGCCCUAUCUAGUACCCUUAGCAGGCUCCAAUCCAGUAAAUCUUUCCGAAGGUUUAGAGAAGCUGCUAAGGGUGUUACAAAACGUAUUGGCAGGGGCAUGCAUGAAUUGGCAGCUAAAGUUGAUGAAUAUGCUCGUGGUAUGAUGGGUCCACUAGGUUCUACUCUAUUUGAAGAGCUUGGGUUGUAUUACAUAGGGCCAGUGGAUGGACACAAUAUUGAAGAUCUCAUAUCUGUUCUUCAAGAAGUAGCUUCACUGGAUUCGAUGGGUCCUGUCUUGGUUCAUGUUAUAACCGAUGAAAAUCAGGUUGAAGAACACAAUAAGAAAAGUUGUACAACAGACAAACAGCAGGAUGAAUAUGUUAGUUCUGAUUUGUUUUACAAAGCUGGUCAGCCUCAAACAUAUGGUGAUUGCUUUGUGGAGUCUUUGGUUGCAGAAGCUGAGAAAGACAAAGAUAUUGUGGUUGUUCAUGCAGGAAUCACAUCGGAGCCAUCACUUGAACUGUUUCGUGAAAAAUUUCCAGAUAGGAUUUUCAAUAUGGGAGUUGCCGAGCAACAUGCAGUCACGUUUGCUUCUGGUUUGUCAUGUGGUGGAUUGAAGCCGUUUUGCAUUGUACCUUCUUCCUUUUUACAGAGAGCCUAUGAUCAGGUUGUUCAUGAUGUUGAUCAACAGAAAAUUCCAGUGCGUUUUGUCAUUACAAGUGCAGGAUUGGUAGGUUCGGAUGGUCCUGUCCAGUGUGGAGCAUUUGAUAUAACAUUCAUGUCGUGCUUACCAAACAUGAUUGUCAUGGCACCAUCUGACGAGGUUGAACUUGUGAACAUGGUGGCUACUGCUACUCGCAUCAAUGACCGGCCAGUUUGCUUUCGGUAUCCUAGGGGUGCCUUGGUUAAUAAAGGCCACACUAUAGAUGAUGGAGUCCCAAUUGAGAUUGGAAAGGGAAGAGUUAUUGUUGAAGAUGCAAGGUUCUGCAAGCCCCUAGACAUCAAGCUUCUGAGGCAACUUUGUAAACACCAUUCUUUUCUAGUUACUGUUGAAGAAGGAUCUAUUGGAGGAUUUGGUUCCCAUGUUGCUCAAUUUAUUGCUCUGGAUGGACUUCUUGACCGGAGAAUUAAGUGGCGCCCUAUUGUCUUACCAGACAGUUACAUUGAACAUGCAUCCCCAAAUCAACAGCUUGACAAAGCGGGGUUGACUGGACAUCACAUUGCUGCCACAGCGUUGAGUUUACUGGGCCGUACCCGUGAAGCUCUAUCGUUUAUGUGCUUUUAA